GAUUAUAAGCACUCCUCAGAGACUUAACGCCGGAGCAGAUCUUCUCAUAGGGAGACAGUUCUCUACGGCUACCUCAGCCAUGGUCACUCAGAGCCACAUCACAGACACAACUAGCUGGAUCCCAGGGGACAGAAAGCGUUCCCGGGAGUUCAUAGAGACCGACUUCUCUGAAGGCAAGAGAAGUAAAAGAGGAGAGAAGAGUGGAAAGGGUCUUCGGCAUUUCUCUAUGAAGGUUUGUGAAAAGGUUCAGACCAAAGGCACUACGUCGUACAACGAGGUGGCUGAUGAGUUGGUGGCUGAAUUUACCAAUUCUACAGGUCACCUACCCACCGAUUCGGCUUACGAUCAGAAGAAUAUCCGAAGAAGAGUUUACGAUGCACUCAAUGUACUAAUGGCAAUGAAUAUUAUCUCUAAGGAGAAAAAAGGAAAUUAAGUGGAUUGGUCUGCCGUCAAACUCUGUCCAGGAAUGUGAGAAUCUAGAGAUGGAGAAACAAAGGCGAAUAGAACGCAUCAAACAAAAGAGUGCUCAGCUCCAGGAGCUGCUGCUGCAGCAAAUUGCAUUCAAGCACCUGAUUCAAAGAAACCGACAAAUUGAGCAACAGAGCCAAACACCACCAGCUGUAAACUCCACCAUCAAGCUGCCCUUUAUCAUUGUGAACACCAGCAAAAAGACGGUCAUUGACUGCAGUAUAUCU